AUAGGUGUCCGGAUAUCGCGUGGAUUGUGCUUCCCAAGGAUAUGAUUAGGGAGAUUAUAACAUAUAUCCUGGAGGCAUGGCAUAAAGUUCUAUAACAUGGCUGGAGUGGGCUUUGAGGAGUUUUCUGUACCUCCCGGGUCUGAACUUGCUUUGCCACCUCUCUUUGGGGGAAAUAUUCUGGAAAGUGAGUUAGAAACAGAGGUGGAAUUUGUGGAUGGAGGCCUUAGCGGAGAUAACCUUCAAGAUGAAGAGGAAGAAGAAGCCCAGCAGCGUCAGCGUGAGCUGCACAGAAGGAAGUUUAUUGCUUUGAGUCGGCGCUGCAAAGAAAUAGAACUGGUAAAUGAGAGAAUUCUUAACAGGCUUCACCAGGUGGAAAAGAUAACACGAAGGCUGAAGCAGGAAAGGAGAUGUUUGAUGAAAGUCUUGGAUGGCUACGGGGAUGAUUACAGAAAGAGCCAUCUCACCUUUUUGUUAGAGGAUGAAGGAACCCACCCACACAACUCCCCAGCCCAUGGGAACUCUGAAAAUGAACCUCCAGAGAAUGAGGAACUGUCUGUUGCUCCCCUUGGUCUGGAAACUAAUAGCCCUGAAAGUCCAUCACAAACAGAGGGGCCACCAGCUAAAAAGAGGAAAAAGAUCAAAGAAGAGAAAGACCACAAUGGGAAAAGACUGACCCCAUCUCUUCUUCCAUCAGAACCUCUUCUGGCUCAGGUGAAGAUUGAAGAGGAUUACUUGUGUGAAGGAGAUGAGGAGCUUCCUCUGAGCUGGCGCCCUCUCAGCCCACGAGACAAGAUCCUACAAUAUCCAAAGUUUUCCAGCCCAGAUUUUGAUUAAUGCUUUUCUAAGCUUCUUGGAAAAGCUGUGAAACUUUUAAAACGGGGAUCUUCAAAAGAAAUAGAAACCUAAAGAUGGCAGUCCAGGGAUAUACAGUGAUUAAUUAACUUACAGCAUCAUCUUAUACCAGGAUCCAUGGGAAUGUCACCUUGUUUGUUUUUUUGUUUUUUAGCCAUAUAAAUGGAAUGAAAACACAUGGAUAUUGUAUCCUGCUAAUUUUUCAAUGUCUCUGAGCCCAUAUUUAAAGACUAAAAUAUGAAUGUGUCAUCUUGUAUGUAAAAAUGACUGCUCUCUAAUUAAUUAUGCUGACCAGUUAUUUAAAAAUGUCCUGUUUGUAAAUAGGCAAUAAAUUAUGUGGAUAAAGCUGUGUGCCUAGAGACCAUUACUUCAUAUUUAUACAUAUGACUUACUAUAUCAAGUGAUUCUGUUUGUAUCAAUUAACAUUAAAAUAACGUCUUAGCUAAGAAAA